UCGGUGGGGGACUCGCGCUCUGACAGCAGGACCUGAGCUGAUGCUGGGGGCCUGAGGUGGAACACAGCCCCUCUCUACGUUUGUCUUUGUUCUUUUUUUCCCCCGAUAUCUGGGGGCAUGAAUACCCUGCUGCCCCUCCGAGGGGGUGUCCACUGCUCCCCACCGGACCCCAGCUGCCCUAGCGGUGGGACUCAGCCGGCCGGCCCAGCCUGGAAUGACAGCGCGGAGAGUGCCUUCAGGCAUGUGGAGCUAACCCCCACGGCCACCUCUGCCGUGCCGGUGCCCCGGGCCCAUCACCCUUAUCCCACGGUGGACGUGCCGGACCACGCUCACUACACCAUUGGAUCAGUUAUCCUGGCUGUGGGGAUCACCGGAAUGGUGGGGAAUUUCCUGGUCAUGUACGCCUUCUGCAGGAGCAGGAGUCUCAGGACACCGGCCAACAUGUUCAUCAUCAACCUGGCCGUUGCAGACUUCCUCAUGUGCGUCACCCAGACGCCCAUCUUCUUCAUCGCCAGCAUGCAUAAGAGGUGGAUCUUCGGGGAGAAGGUCUGCGAGCUGUAUGCCUUCUGCGGUGCCCUGUUCGGGAUCUGCUCUAUGAUCACGCUCACGGUGAUCGCCGUGGACCGCUACGUCGUGAUCACGCGUCCGCUGGCCUCCAUCGGGCUGCUUUCUCACCGCCGCGCACUCCUCAUCCUCGCCGCCACCUGGGGCUACUCCCUGAGCUGGAGUCUGCCGCCCUUUUUCGGCUGGAGUGCUUACGUCCCAGAGGGCCUGCUGACCUCCUGCACCUGGGAUUACAUGACCUUCACCCCCUCGGUGCGGGCCUACACCAUGCUGCUCUUCAUCUUUGUCUUCUUCAUCCCACUCUUCAUCAUCAUGUACUGCUACGCCUUCAUCUUCCGCUCCAUCCGGGAGACAAACAAGGCCGUGAACGAAAUCAACAAGGAGAGCAAGAAAGACUCGAUGAAGAAGUUCCAGCGCAUGAAGAGCGACUGGAAGAUGGCUAAGAUUGCGCUCAUCCUCAUCCUGCUCUACGUCGUCUCCUGGUCUCCGUACUCCUGCGUGGCCUUAACAGCGUUUGCGGGGUACGCCGACAUGCUUACGCCGUACAUGAACUCGGUGCCUGCCGUCAUUGCCAAAGCUUCGGCCAUCCACAACCCCAUCAUCUACGCCAUCACGCACCCCAAGUACAGGUCCGCCCUCGCCAGAUACAUCCCCUGCCUGGGCGUCCUGCUCUGUGUCCCUGCCCAGGAUCGCUUCGUCACCAGCAGCUUCAUGUCCGCCCGCCGAUCCACGCUCAUCAGCCAGUCGUCGGUGCUCAACAACCCCCUGCACCGCAGCAUCAAGUCCCAUCUCUCCUCCGCGUUGGACAACGAGUCCGCCCCAGCAGACACGGAUGCCAAACGCGACCUCAGCAGUCCGGGCUCAGGGCCCGCCAGUCGCCAGGUGUCCAGCCAGAUUGCCAUGGACAGCGCUGAGUUGCUGCCUAUCUACUACUCCAGCUCCAUCAAGAACCAUGACUCGACUGUUUUUGAGAAGGCCGGUGUCGUACAGGAAGGGGCGGGAUUUAAGGCAGCUGUUGAUCGCAUCCCCAGCAUCUUCGUCACGUCAGAGUCCAGCCACGCCCUUCCCGGGUCAGGUGGUCCGGCCAUCUCCAAGUCCAGCCCUCACUUAGACCCAGUCCCCCCCUCCCAGCCAAAGAACAGCAUCUAACUUUUUGUUCACUAUUUCUCCAACUAGUCGUGUUAAUUUAUGCAUCUUUCCCAUAAAAGUGUUUUUAAGGGCUGUAAACAGUGUACACCUUUCUCUGUGAAGUAACAGCACAGGUCUGAAAAGGUGCUCAUCCUGUUCAUGUCCCUCCCUCAACCUCGAGCAACCUGUGAUGAUGGAAACUUAAGCACCACUUUUACACGCAUGGUUGCCAUUGCUGCUGACACUGUUGGAAUGAUCCACUUUCCCCCCUUAAUGACAAGGUGCUGGAAUGACCCACUUUCCCCCCUUAAUGACAUAGUGUUGGAAUGAUCCACUUUCCCCCCUUAAUGACAUGAUGUUGGAAUGGUCCACUUUCCCCCCUUAAUGACAUAGUGUUGGAAUGGUCCACUUUCCCCCCUUAAUGACAUGGUGUUGGAAUGGUCCACUUUCCCCCCUUAAUGACAUGGUGUUGGAAUGAUCCACUUUCCCCCCUUAAUGACAUGGUGUUGGAAUGGUCCACUUUCCCCAUUAAAGCAUCAGGCAACACACGCAGAUCAUUAUUUGAAAUGGAAAACUUUAUUUAUUUGAAAUAUUUUAUUCUUUGCUGUCGCUUUAGAAAUGUGAUCCCUGGAAUUACAAAUGUGUAGGCAUGCAGUAGUUUUAUGACCGAUGUUGGAAUGUUCUGUAUAUAACGGGAGACAGCAGCCCUAACUGUCUGACGUGUGCUUAGUUAUAAAGUCCUGCGUUUGCCCCAGUCAGUGUUGUCAUCUUAGCUUUGUCCGCAGCCUGCUCUUUGACAAAUACAUGUGUUAGUUGCCUUUUAUGGUGUUUUUAACAUGUCGUGAUUGUGACAAACAGUUUUCUUUGUUGUCCUGUGCGAAUCGAUGUGGGCAGAUGUUGCUCUUCUCAGGCAUGGACCCAACGUCAGAGGGGGACCUGGGGCGUGACGGGUGGCACCCCCAGGAACGACGGCUGUUUGGAGGACAUAGUCUGUCUUUAGAUCCUAUAAGCAGCUUUUCGAAAACUCAAAUGACAAGAAUUGCUAUUUAACGUUAUGUAAAUAAAGAAAUAAAUAAAUAAAUCGA